GGCAACCAGGGAACACGGUGCAGGGUGAAUGUUUUUUAUUUUUACUAGGAGGAAAAUAGAGAAAGCGGAGACAUCUCCAACUUACACCACAUUCUUUGAUUGAAAUAUGUGUAAUUGAUGCGUUUUUAACUGAGACAUCUGAUUGGAAAUACACACAAGAGCAAACAGGCCGAAAUCGGAGGCAACCGGACUUUUACUCGCUUUUUCUGAAGCCUGUUUCUCUGUUUGUUGUUGUGAUUACUCGGAUAACCGAGCAUCCGCACAGGCACGUACAGCAAGAUGCUCAACAAUGACGAACACUGGAGCAGUCUCACAAGACAACCGGAUUUUCAAAAGCAGUGUGACUCUGGAGGCACACAGUCAGAUGUUGUCUCUAAAAAGAAAGACAGAGCAGAUCAUCCUUUUCCAAACAAGCCGGUAAUCCACAGACGGCCACCUAAGACACAAGUCCCUCUUGGUUUGGAUGAUUUUGCGAACAUUUGUAUUUCAUCACAACAAAGAGGCAGUUUUUUGCCUAAAGAAAAUCCUUCUGAUGUCACCGUAAAGAUCAGAGAAAGAAAAUCCUCCCAAAGGAUGCCCUGUGGAGAGCUGGAGAUGGCCAGAGCAAUUCAUGCAAAAGAGCUAAUACUGCAGGAGAAGCUGGGCAAGGUUGAGAAAAAAAUAAGGCAUACCAUCCAGAGAGACAGUGCAGACUCAAAAACAGGUGACGUGUUCAAGAGCAAAGAGAAGAGGGCACACAGCAGAGAAAGCAAAGAGGAAAAGGCUCAAAAAGCCAGGAUGCCGGACUAUGAGGAGAUGGCAGAAGCAGGCAGGCAUGGCAACUUUCUAAUACCAGGAAGUAUAGAAGAUGCCGGGACUGAAGACAGAACAAGGGAUACAUAUGAAGUACAACGGGCUGGAUGGGAAGUCAGUAAGAAAGGAUUGAACAGCAUGCCCAAUACACCAAGACUCCAGAAUGAGAAUCAGCAACUCAGAGGAGAAGCUGGAGGUGAAAAAUGUUGCAAAAAGUUGGGGAAAACAUCUGAAAAAUCCAGUGAGUUAAGCAAGACCUCUCUCAGCAACACAACUCGGGCAAUAGAGAAGAAAUACAAAGAAAUGCAGCACAAGAACGCCAGUGGGUCAGAUAAACAGAAUCUACGCCAGAGGAGUCUUCAGGAACCCGUUCAUGAAAAAAACACAGAAACCCAAAGAAAUGCAGUAAGAAAACCGACUACCGAAGCAGCUCCACCACUUGUUUCUAAAUCUUCUCAAAGACAGCUAGAGCAACAACAGGCAGAGUUCGCAGUCAGCCUCAAGGCCGAUGACCACUUCCAGAUGCUUUCUUGCAAAAUCUGCAGCAGGAAGUUCAAAAUUGACCGGCUGGGGGCACACACCCGGGUCUGUGCAAAACUGAAAAGCUCUCGUCCAGUUUAUGACACGUCUGCUCAUAGGAUUAAAGGAACAAGCAUAGAGGAGUUUCGGAAAACUCACAUCAGGAGCGAAAGUCCAGAGGUUGCACCAAGAAGACGAAACCACAAGAAAAAAAGAUAUAACCUCCCCAAGGAUCAACACCUGGCUGGAAAAUAAAGGCCAAGACGAUACAAACCAAGACAGGAUGGCCCUUUGGAUCUCUUGCCAUCAGAUUGUCUCCAUCACCUCAUAUUGUUUCAAAAUCAUUCUUUUGAACAACAUAUUAUCUUAUUAUAGUGUGAACAUCUCAGUUCUCAACAAAUUUAUUUGCAAAAAAAAAAAAAAAAAAAGUGUUUCUGUAAGAAUGUGAAAACUAUUGAAUAAAAUGUUCAGUUUUAGGCAUUUUCAGCUGUUUUAUUUCUGGCUUUUACACUAAACACAAAGAUGAUGAAAUAUAUAUGGACAGACCAAUAAUAGUCAAAACACAGUCGGUGAAGUACAGAGAGGAGAAA